CAAGCCUUCUUCUCUGGAGCGGAAGCAGUGAGAGAAGCGAAGAAGAGUUGAAUAAACCAAAAUCGAUUUUACCAGCCUCAGAGUCAGUGUCGCUACGAGAGUCUUUGUAUGAGUCGAUCAGCUAGCGCUCGGUAUCUUGAACCCGUAUUAUACACAGCAGGGAUACGAUGAAGAACAUUGAUAACAGUGCUUCUUGAUUCACCCAUGGAGUAUUCAGGAAUUGUUUUGGUCGUGAGCUUGAUUUUCCAAUGGUGCAAUGGAUACGAGUCGAAGACGAGAAGUGGGAGACGGAUAGUGCGAGAUCUCCAUGAUCAGAUGACCCAUGACUUGUACAACAAAGUGCUUCUCUCCAGUAUUGAACAGCCCAAAGAAAUUGUGUACCCAAAGCAAGUGGAAAAAGGACGACUAUUUCCUCUGUCCACGCAAAAGCACAAGAUUCGCCAUCAUGGUACACAUGAGCAUGUCAAUCAGCUGACAGUGCAGAUCACAAUAGCUGGGACCAGGUACAGGAUCAAGUUGGAGAGAAACGAUGUUCUACUCUCGGCUGGGAUUGUAGUCAAGCAUUAUGAGGAGGACAAUCAGCAGGUGCUGACUAAGACUGUUGAGCAUUGCUAUUACCUUGGACAUGUGAGGAAAGAUGAAUGGUCAAGCGUAGCUGUGAGCACAUGCAAUGGGUUGAAGGGUGUGAUUCAAAUGCACAAUGAGACCUACAUCAUCCAGCCUCUAAAUGUCUCUAUGGAUGCCACAGAACACCCUCAUGUCAUCUUCAAGGCUUCAGUGUCUCCAGAGGAGAAUUGUGGCAACAGCCAAGGUUUAUGGCUACCAUUUCAAGAACUGCACAAAGGGCAACUCAUCAAGAGAAUUAAAUUCACCAAUGCUCAAAAGAGUCAUCUUGGGAAGGAAGAUAAAAAGCAGAAACUUCUCAGGAUAGCAAUGGUUCUUGACAAGUCUAUGUACAUGGGACUUGAGUUUAGCCAACAGCAUGUCAUCCAGUAUGCAGUAGAUGUUGCAAACAUUGUAGAUCUGUACUACAGAAAAAUAGAUUUUAGUAUUGCCUUGACAUACCUGGAGUUCUGGAACCUUCACAAUCAUUUCACUGUGGAAAACACACAUAGGACACUCCUCAGUCGAUUUCUGCAGUACAAGGAAAAACGCCUGCCAAAAGAUGAUGUGUUUGAUGCAGCCUUCUUUUUGACUGGUGUGAAGCUGCAGGACGACAAGGUUGGCAUCGCAAUCCCCGACUCCAUCUGUUCUGACAGAGCUGUUGCUGUUAUAAAGAGUGGUCGCCCGUUUGAGCCCCAGCAGUCUGCCACAAUUCUUUCUCACAUGGCAGGACACAUUUUGGGGAUAGAGCAUGAUGAAGAUGCAAAAUGGAGAAGAGUCUACCAUGCAGGGACCUGUGCUUGUGACGAUGCGUUUGGAUGCAUCAUGUCCACUGAAGUGCUGGGUGCUGGAGGAUUUCACUCUAGAAUGUUCUCAACAUGCAGUGAAUCUGAUCUAAAAGCUAGUUUGACCAUGGGUAUCACCUCUUGUCUUUGGGGUGCACCAAGAGUACAUACGGAAUUCAAGCAAACGUGUGGGAAUGGGAUUGUGGAACGGGGCGAAGAAUGUGACUGUGGCUCUCCUGAGGACUGUAUGUACAAGGACGCCUGUUGUGACCCAACCACCUGCCUGCUGCAGCCCUGGGCACAGUGUAGAACCGGACCCUGCUGCAGUAACUGCUCCUAUUUACCCAGCAGUCACAUGUGUCGCCCGCGGUCCUCAGAGUGUGAUGUGCCAGAGUUCUGCGAUGGCCGUUCUUGGGAUUGCCCAAACAACGCUUACAUUGAAGAUGGUCACCCUUGUGCUCAGGGCAAAGGCUACUGUUCUGGGGGUAUCUGUCCAACGGUCAAAGAGCAAUGUCAAGGCAUCUGGGGAGCAGGUGCCAAAGGUGGGCAUGACCAGUGUUUCCAGCGUUUCAACCCAACUGGCAAUUUUAAUGGGCACUGUGGAAAAGACAAGCACUCAGGGAGUUACGCAAAGUGUCAACAUGACAAUAUCCUGUGUGGGCUGCUGCAUUGUGAAGGUGGCAGAAACUCCCCUCUGUAUGGUUCUGACAAAGGAUUCUCAACUACCAAUGUCAAUGCGAAUGAUAUUGAGUAUGAGUGCAAGACUGUCCACGGUCCAGCCAUGAUGGACAUGCCUCAUAUGGGGAUGGUGCAGGAUGGCACCAAGUGUGGGGAGAACAAAGUCUGCAAGAGGAACACCUGCAGGCCACUGGCGAAAGUGCCCACCUUCACCUGCCCUACUGCAGAGCUCUCUGAGAUAUGCUCUGGCCAUGGGGUUUGUGCUCCUGACGAAAGAUGUUUUUGUGACCACGGAUGGGAAAGUGAGGACUGCUCGGUCAAAUCCAACAUCACUGUUCUGCUAGAUGAUGAGGAGGUGGAUGUGGACAGUGACUCUUUAGUCCCUACUGUCCACAGCACUGUGGUAGCCAAAGUGGAGACACUCUUACUGGGAGGGCAGGAUGGGGUACAGUUGGAGGGGAAGGACAUGAGAGGGGCUGAUACUCCCGCCACUGCCCCUGUCACAGAAGACCGGGGCGGCAUCAGCACGACCCUGCUUAUCAUCAUUCUGGCUACUGUCAUUGGUGGACUCUUCAUGGCCAUGGGAAUCACAUUCCUCUGCUACAGGAGACGCAGUCCCUCGAAAAAUGUUAAAAAUGGCAGCUCUGACAAAGGCAACGAAAAGAACUCAAAACCAAGAAAACGUCGUUGGGGCAGGAAGAAAAAGUGGAUGUCCAGCGAGGAAGAGAGUGAGAUGAGUGAGCUGCCACCACCUCCAGUGAUUGUGAUGGACCCCGACAGUGCUAUGCCAGAGAAGGGCAUCCUGAAAAAUUCGUCUGCCCGACUGACCUCCCUUGAUCACAGGAACAGCUCAGACUCCAAUGGCUGCUCCAAUGGAGAUCAGGACAGUGUGGGCCCCUACAUGUACGACGAAGAUGAAGAUGCUGAAGCUGAAGAAAUCCGAAACAUUUUCCGAGACGAGUCGACUGAAAAUUUGGACCACCUUCAGGAGUCUGCAAGUUUUGACUUUGUGAUUCCUCCUCCUCCUCAGCCCCCUCCUCCGCAGUUUCCACUGCCAGAUUAUUACCCAUCACCUGCUGCCAUGCGGAAACCUGGUCAGCUGGAUGGAAUGGAAUAUGAGAGUCCCUACGGUUAUGGCCACCAGCAACACAUACAGCUGCUGCCCCAGCAGCAGGUUCCUACGUGGCGCACAGCCCUACCUCCCCAGACGCUCUCUCCACCACAGUCAAGGAUUGUCAAACUACGAAAUCUCACCGACUACAUGCAGCAAAUGAAUAAAGCGACCAUUGACCUCUCUCCCUCCCCUGAUGACCCCCCUACCCACACACUGUCCCCAUCUACGUGUACGUCCGAAGACGUUCGCAGCAGCGAGACAGAACCCGACAGAAUGUUUGCUCGUACUUCCCACUCUGACCACAGCCCCACAUCGGUGACCAGCGGGUCCACCCAGUACACCGGGCGGCCCAGCUUUGGAAACCUCAGCCAGUAUAUUCUCAAGCGCAACGAAGCCACUACUAAAUCAGGUGAUUCUAGGGAGGAGGCAGACCAGCACAGUAUUCUCGGGAAACAUCGCGACUUCUUCCCUCAGAGCUCAGAGCCGAGCAACCAUGGCCCGGGCCUCAAUCAGUAUUUACAACAGCACAAUGACCUGAAUGUUUUCAAGCCAAAGAUGGCCCCCACCCGAGAUGAACACCCCUCUGUGGACAUGCCCCCUCCCAUGAACCCCAUCAACAUCCGGACAAUAUUUGGCCUGGGUCAUACGCCGGGGUCAACAGCCAGCAGAGAUAGCAACAACACACCACAUGGGAGCGUGAAUGGGGAUAACUCUUCCUUUACGGGCACUGGCAACUCGAAGAAUGGUUACGAGAAAAGUUCAGGCUACGGCAGCGAGCAGGACCCGGAGAGGUUCAGCAUUGAUGAGGCUUCGCGCUCCGACUCGCACUCUCGCUCUGAGUCGCUGUCUCGUUCUCACUCUGCCUCGCCACCGAGCUACAGCGCUGUCAUCCGUACUGGGCCCAACAGGAUUCAGCUGGUCCCGGCUGGCCAGCUGGUGGAAGACGGUAAGGAGAUUGAGGGUAUUCAGCAGGAGCUCAACCGGUUACUGGAGAACCUCCCUCGCAUCAAUGCCGGCUCGUUUGAGAGAUCUCCACUGCAUUCUAGCGCUAUGCCGAGCACUCCUCUCGCGGGACCUUUAUCGGGGAGCCGGCAGCUUAAGGACGAUGGUGGAGACAGUGGCACCCCCUGCAUAGACCGCAGCCUUGAGGAGAUUCCAGCACAUUUCACAGACAAGGCAUGGACCGGUAAAGCCAGGCGCCCCAUAAGUGUGGCAGUGCAGGGUAAAAGUGAGAACACGCCCUCUGGAGAAGCAAGCUCAGAGGAACUGCAGUCACUCCUCAUCGACAGUGGUGGCAAACAGUCGUGAGCUCCCAUAUUCUCUUGGCCUCUCUUAUGUCGACAGAAUGUGGAUUUGGCCCUAGGAUUGUGAGUGUUGUUAUUAGCUGAAGUGGAGAAAAAGAUUGGUUGAUUCCUUUAUUCGAGUUCCCUGAUCAAGGUUGCGAAUUGUUUACAUGAAAAUGGCCUUGCAGGAAUUAUGACGUGAACAUGUGAAUAGGAAUGGAAAGAAUGUUUACAGAUUUACUUGAAAGAUUUGAUGACAGUGAGGCACUGAUGGAUCGGUGGAUAUUUCUCUUGUAUUUCCCUUUUGUCUGUCUCGUACUUCAUUUCAAUUGUUUGUUUUGCUAUUUUUAUGUCUCUCCGAAAUUGUUAAAUUGUUGACAGAAAGUUGUGAGUUUGUGUGUUGUUAAUAUGCCCUGAUUUUUAAGGCGUUAUUGCGGAUCUGUGCGCUGAAUAUAAGUGUAUGUUAUGUCUUUUUAAGGUUUUGUUUAAAAGGAUGAGGGUAGAAAGUUUUGAUGUUUUUAAAAUUCGUAUAAUAGCACUUUUUCUGAAUAAGACCAAGUAUGUAGCAUUAGUUGAUAACAUACUGAGGAGCCAAAUAAUCAAGUGUGUUGCCAUAGGCAGAAGAAAUAGGUUGAAACCAUUCAUUGUCAGGAUGGAGGGGUGGGGGAGACGAGUCUCAAUGACAGAGAGGACCUAUGUUUGCCCUUAAAAAAUAGCUUUUAAUUGAUGACUUAAAAUUAUGUUCUUCCUUCACUAUGGUAAUUUCCUCAAAAUUUUUUGUCGUUUUGUGCAAAAUUUAUGUGAAUCCAUCACUAUUUUAUCACAUUCUUCAAUGGAGAAUUUAUGCUGUAGAACAAUUAUCAAAAUGAAUAGUGGUCGCCAGAACGGUCUCGAAUGUCAGUACAAAGUAAUGUGGUUCCUGUAUGUAUUCAUGUGAAGACUUGGUCGGUCGGUUUUUUAAUUCUUCUUUAUGUAGAGGGACUAAGUGCAAUAUUGAUGUUCAAAUCACCUUUAUUUGUCUAGGUCUAAUGCAACAUAGUUGUGGUUUAUUUUUUCUUUCUGACUUUUUCCUAUCUGAGUCAGAAGUGAACUGAUGAUGUUUAAGUUGAUGAAAUACAAUUUAUAAAUGUAUGGUUUAUGUAAUAUACACAUAUUUUAAAUAUAUAUACAAACAUAUCUUUAUAUAUUGCAGAUGUAGAUGAUUUUGAUAUGUUGGAUGUGGCGAUCAAGUCUCUUACUCGCUAAAUUCAAACAUGUAUUUAGAUUACAUUAUGUCAUUUUCAUGCACUUAUCCUGGUGCUCUCUUACAUUAAGAUGGUGCAAAAGUUCUGGCCUUUACCAGAGUAUGAUGCAGGUUGUAAUUGCUGGACUUUUCCGGUGCUGUCAGCCACUUGGUCUUGACCAGGGUCCCAACAGGGUCGAUCACACAGUGAUAUUUUUGCAUUUCUGUUACAGGAUUGCCUGAUCACUGUGUUUGUGGUUUUAGCUGUUUCGCUACCUUCCCUAAAGGAUUUGUACUUACAUCUUUAUUUAACUUACAUCUUUGUCAAGAGUUCUGACUCCUUACCGGAAAAAAGAAUCCUUUAUGGUGCCACUUCAAGAACUGCUUGCUCGUGACAUUGUUUCUUCCAAUAACCAGGUUUAGGAGUUUUCUGCUGUUAGUGAUGUUCCAUAUCGAAAAAAAAUAGUAGUACAGUAAGGUGGUGAAACCGUUGAAAGCUCAGUUAUGAUAAGUGAACUUUUGUAUGUAUAUUUUCUCAGGCACCUGGCUUGUCGUUCCAGAUACGUUUCUGUGCAGAUGACUUAUUUCUUGUCAGGUUUAUGCCAGGACGCCUGAAUCAUGGCUUCCAUGAGAUAUGGAUGUUUGAACAGCUGAGAUAUACUUCUAGUCAUCUUUAUGGAACUGCAUUUAAUCUGAACUCUCUAUAGUUUACACUUUUGCCCUGAAGAGCUCACUGAUACGCAUUAUUACUUAUGAAAUGAGCUUCGGGUCGUUUUUCUUAUGCACCUGCAAACAGAACAAUGUUGUGUGAUGAAGAAUUACUUUUACUUACUGGGUUUUUGUUUUGUUUUGUUUGGGUUUCAUUGUUACCAGCACAAAUGGUCAUUAAGCGAUUCGACAUAGCCAAAGCUCUCUCAUCAGGUUGAUGUUUUAACUUUUGAAAUACUUUCAUGUUAUAAUGAGACUUAUAUUCCACAUGUUUUGUCUCCUCUUCCCCCCCCCCCCCCCCCCCCCCCCCCCUUUUUUUUUUCUUGCUUUACUUACACUGUUUCAGGUUUUUUGACUUUAUCAGAGAAAUGUUGUGGAUGUUAAAUAAUUAAUGAGGAGGUGUGCAUAGAACAUCAAGUGGAGGAAAAAUGAAACUUGCUUUCUUUUGCGCUUUGUUGUAGUGCUUAGGAGGGAUGAAGUACAAAAAUUGUUGGUCAUUUUUUAAUGUACACCUUUUGCGCUUUUAAAAAUAAACAUUUCGAUUUGCUUCCAGUAAAUGUGUUGGCAUCGUUGUGCUGGGUAUUAUACGUACAUUUUGACCACCAUGUUUUCUUUCCGGCAUUCUUCCCAUCUCUUACCACCUGACCCAGUGCCCUGCCUUCUUGAUGAUGUGUCUUGUCUACAAGGAUACAAAGCUCAAACUGAACUAAAUCAGACAGAAGAGAAAUGCUUUUGAGAAUGUUCUUACAAUGUACAAAACACCAUAGUAGCUUUAAAUUGUAGCUGUCGUAUCCAGCUGAGGUGUUAUUUUCUGUGUCUCAAGCUUCGGAUUGGCUGGUUGUACGGUGAUGCUUUGUCUCAGAUUUUGAUGAAAGGAUUGUACGAAAAAAACAUAAGUUGUCACCAUAGAGUCAAGUGCUCAAGCGAGAAAAGGUAUAAAAUGUUUGAUGUAAGGUGCGGCAGGUCUUUUAACCUGAGAAGUUUGUUUUAUUGGAGUCUCUGUGUCUGUAACUGAAACAUUUUAUUAUAUUUUGACACAAGAUGACCCUUGUAUCCUUUUGCAUAUCAUUUUUUUGGGGUACAUUUUAUGUCUAAAGGGUUUUUGAUAAUGAGAUAGUUUAGAAAUUGUUUGCAACCAUAGGGGAAAUAUUAUUUAAUACCAUAUUGGUGAAAUAAUACUUUCUUUGAUAAGUCACAUCUAUCAAAAUAAUCAGUUGCUUCAGUUGCUAGCCAUUGGUGACAUUUAGUCUGUAUUGAUAUUUUCAUUCAGUUCAGUACCUUUUAGCAUAAUUGAAGCUUUGACGAUCUUAAAAGUCAGUAUCAUUGUGUGGAUUGGCGUAUGAUUGGUUGUAAUGACUUCAAAGACUUGCCUUUAUCCCUUCCAACUUUUUCUCCUUUAUUAUCAUAUCAUGAACACUGCCAGUGUUUUAAUGUCUUUUAAAUAUUAAGGUGCUAUUUAUUCUGAAAGAACAUGUGUUGUCAUUCUAUUUGGUUCAUGAUUGUGCUUAUUUUAUCGCCUUAUUUUUCUGUAAUGUUGAAAGAUGAAUGAAAAAAAUGAAAGGUUUUGUUAUGCAUAAUUUAGGUAAAAGUUUCAUAACUAUAUAUUUCUACUUAUACUGGAGUGCCAGUAAUUCUUUUUUGCUGUUCCGCCCCCUCUGACUUCUUUUUGCAUUGAGUAAAUAUCUACCUUUGCUGAAUUGAAGUUGUCAUAUUCUUCAAACUACAUGUAUGAUGCUGUUUCUUGGCACAUGUCUAGGUUUGAGCUGAAUAAAAUUCCUGUUGUAAAUGACUUGUAAAGAAAAUGGCUUUUGAUGUUAUGCUCGUCGUUCUGCUUUUAUAUACUUUCUUUUUCUCUUCUUAACCUGCCUGCUCCAUGUCUCCCUCUCUCCCUUCAUUUCUCUCUCUCUCCCUCUCUCUAGCUUAGCAGCUGACUAGGAUGUAAAUAUAUAUGUGUGUUUUGUAUGUUAUAAUGAUCAAGGACAUAUCAUGUUUUAAAAUUGCAGGAAUAUUUUGUUUUUCUGCCGAUCCAAUUUGCAAAAUGUUUGAAUUUUUAAAUUUUGACCUUCAAAUUUAUUUUCAUCUACUAAAUUAUUGACUGUUUUGUAUUUUUAUGUCCUCUUGACUGACACUGAUGGUUGUUCUCUUCGUCCUUACUUUUUUCAAGCCCAAGGGAUCCUUUCUCAAAACUUUCCCUGGGAAUCUCCCACCAGUUUUGAUCUUUAUACAAGUACAAGUGUGAGUUACAACAGAAUUGCAUUUAAUUAAGGUUGCAGUUUUGCCAAAACUUUUUCUUAUUCGUUUACUCACUUCUAUUUCUAUUAAAUAUUCGAUGAAGUAUUAUGAGCCACCUCUCAAAACAUCUGCUCAUCUAUAAAUAGUCUUCAUUUUCAUUGAUGAUUCACAAAUAUAAUAACAGGAAGUAAAACACCGGUUUCCUUUCAUAAUUGGACCUGCGCUCAAAAUCAAAAGAUUUUGCUUCUUUUGAGGUUCAUCCACCAUCGUUCUCUGUACAAGCAGAAGCCUUUUGUAUUUCCUCCUAGUUGUUUGAGUGUGUCGAUCCCUUCCUCAUGUUGUCUCGUUGUACACCAUGGUGUCAUUUUAGAAUCUUGACAGUAGAAUCAGUAUUAGAACCCACCCAGCUCACUGACCUGUAUUUGUAGAUGUACUCUGUUUUGAUUCAACAUUAUUAUUUUUUCAAGAGCCACCUUCUUGAUGUAUUGUUAGUUACUGUAUGUGUUCUCCUCUUCAUUGAUGUUCUAUAAUGUGAACUUGUGCCAGAAAAGAGACGUCUGAUUUUCAUCUUCACUGUGGUGGUGAACCAUUUGUGUCUUAUUGCAUGGAUGAUUUGUGGCAGCAUGAAAUACUUGGAACUGAACAAUUUUUAAUUUGUCCUUUGUCAUAUCCAGACUUCUCUUUAACAAAAGAAACAUAUAAUGAUCUAUCAGAUAGAGAGUAUGUUUUGCCAUGAAAGCAAAAAGGAAUACUUAAAGCUUGGUUUUAUUGUAUUAAAUUUAAAUAUGCUGUCACAAUCAGAACCCUUCUGUCUGUAACAUUUUUGUGCUGUAUAUUAUGACUAAAAGAGGUGAUGUGCUGGAUAAUGAAGAGUGAGAAGAAAAAGUGGACAAGUGGAGAAUGAAAAACUGCAACAACAACAAAAUUUAAUAAAAGCCCAGUGUAAUUGGGAAGUCUCUAUAACAUGCAAUCUACUGGCAUAAACAUCAGUAGCAGAGCUACAGUGAGUGUAGAUUUUUACUCACACCUUCAUUUUGUUAGCAUGGGAAAGAAGGUAUACAGAUAUAUUUGUGUCCAAAUAAUGAUGAAUUAAUGUAUCUGACUGUUUGAGUCUUAAUGUUUAAGAUUUUGUUAUUUUUUAUCAACAACUUUUCAGACAUUUAUGUUUUGGAUCUGACUCUCUAUAGUGUUAUCUUGUUUUUGUACAGAGUUUAAUCAGAGGAAAGAUCUCAGCAAAUCAUGUCAGCUAAGGCAAGCAAAGGAAGAACCCUGCUUAAAAGAUAUGGAGGGAAAAACAAUGGAAAGAAAGAUGUGUGCAUAUCUUUGUGUGCAACGGUGCUUUGUGUUCACUUGACUGUUCUUGCCCGAUUUUUCUUCCUGUUUUUGCUUUGCCCAAGCAUAGCAAUGGCUCUGCGCCUAAGCAUAUCAGUGGAUUUGUAAAUGGUCAGUGGAGUGAAAAAUAAAGUACUACCUUAUUUUCAAGGAGACAAAUGUUACAUUGUACUUCUACUUAUGUACGUUAGCUCCUCUGAUAGUCAUACACCGUCCUGUUGGUGCAGAAAAAAGUUGCAUAGGUUUCAUCCUCAGAGUUCUGUACUUUUGAAGAUUUUUUUUGAUUUUGUAUUAUAAUUUCUGUUUGUGGAAGUAUUUCUGUCUUCUGUAGUGGGUGGUUGGAGGAUGUCAACAGUAAAUAGGUUCAACUUCUUUUCUUUCAUUCUUUUGUUUCUAUCUGUCUGUCUUACUGUUUCCCUGUACACUGUGACAGUUAUUGUGUUGGUGUGCAUUUCUUAACUAUAAAAAAAAAUUAUCUCCCCCGCCACCCCCCACCCCAGCACAAUCCUAAGUAGGGGGUCAGACAUCUAAUUUGGAAAGGAACCAAGUAAGUUUUGUUACUCUUUCUUAAAGUUACGCUGAUUAUUAUGAACAUGACACUUAACAAAAUUUUUGAAGUUGAUACUAAUAAUAUUAUGAUAGAAGUGAUUUUUGCAGGGAGACAAAUUCUCAAGGAAAUUAUGGAUCUUAUGUUAAAGAGUGAACAAGUUUACAUUAUGUUGUGAUGAUGAUGGCAGUUAUGAGGUCCAAAUUCUUUGAAAAAUACCUCUUUUGUUCUGGAAUUAAUUUUUUAUUUUUUGUUAUGUAUCAUGUAUAUAUAUAUUAUGCAAACACUGCAAUUUUUCAAAUGCCUUGAAUUGCUUGCAAUGUUGCAUAAACAAAAAAAUUGUGUUUGAUUUUUGUGAGCACAUCUUGCCCCAUUUUUCUUUUUUUUUUUCUUUUUUUCUGAGCGGUACUAUUUAUGGCUGAGUUUUAUGUGUGCAGAAUGGAUCUUGAUAUUGUACCUUUACUUUGGAACAUUUUUUGGAUAUAAAGAUGACUUUUGAUUUAUUUUAAAUAAAUGUACUUACAAGUU